AAAGCUCUUACCAAUGUCGUGUCUUAUUUUGUUCUUCUAUGUGUUUGUAAUUGCAACAUCACCUCAUGCUGCAACAAUAAUCCAAGGUAGCGAGGCUGAUGCUCUGUUGAAGUGGAAAGCAAGCCUUGACAACAACAGUAGGGCAUUGCUUUCUUCAUGGAAUGGUAAUAAUCCUUGUAGUUGGGAAGGAAUCACAUGUGAUAAUGAUUCAAAAUCCAUCAACAAGGUAAAUCUCACUGAUAUUGGACUAAAAGGUACGCUUCAAAGUCUCAAUUUAUCAUCACUUCCAAAAAUCCACACUCUUGAUUUGUCACUAAAUAAUCUCUCUGGUAACAUUCCCAAAAGUGUUGGUAAUUUGUCCAAACUAUCUUAUCUUGAUCUCAGUUUCAAUUAUCUCAUUGGGAUUAUUCCUUUUGAGAUAACCCAAUUGGUUGGUCUUUAUGUAUUGUCUAUGGGUAGUAACCAUGAUUUAAGUGGAUCAAUCCCUCAAGAAAUUGGUAGAUUGAGGAAUUUGACAAUGCUUGAUAUUUCUUCCUGCAAUCUCAUAGGGACAAUACCAACCUCGAUAGAAAAGAUAACCAACAUGUCACAUCUUGAUGUUGCAAAAAACAGCCUUUCUGGCAACAUUCCUGACAGAAUUUGGAAAAUGGACCUAAAGUAUUUGUCAUUUUCAACUAAUAAAUUUAAUGGUUCCAUUUCACAAAAUAUUUUCAAGGCACGAAACCUAGAGUUACUACAUUUGCAAAAAAGUGGUCUUUCAGGUUUCAUGCCUAAGGAAUUUAAGAUGUUGGGUAAUUUGAUAGAUCUUGAUAUUAGUGAAUGCGAUCUCACUGGGUCUAUCCCUAUUUCUAUAGGAAUGUUGGCCAAUAUAUCAAAUCUUUUUUUAUAUUCCAAUCAACUUAUUGGCCAAAUUCCUCGUGAAAUUGGGAAUUUGGUCAACCUCCAAAGACUAUAUCUUGGAAAUAACAACCUUUCUGGCUUCAUUCCUCACGAAAUGGGAUUUCUAAAACAACUUCGUGAACUUGAUUUUUCUAUUAACCAUCUCUCAGGACCAAUCCCGUCUACAAUUGGAAACUUAAGCAAUUUAGGAUUAUUUUACCUUUAUGCAAACCAUCUCAUUGGUAGCAUUCCUAAUGAAGUUGGGAAACUUCAUUCUCUUAAAACAAUCCAAUUGCUUGACAAUAACCUCUCUGGGCCAAUCCCACCAUCCAUAGGUAAUUUGGUUAAUUUGAAUUCUAUUAUCCUUUUUCAAAAUAACCUCUCUGGACCAAUUCCUUCAACUAUCGGAAAUUUGACGAAACUCACUAUAUUAAAUCUUUUCUCAAAUGAGUUAGGUGGAAAUAUUCCAAAAGAAAUGAAUAGGAUAACCAAUUUGAAAAUUUUGCAAUUAUCUGAUAAUAAUUUCAUAGGCCAUUUACCUCACAACAUUUGUGUUGGUGGAAUGUUGACAAAUUUCACUGCUAGUAAUAACCAAUUCACAGGGCCAAUUCCAAAGAGUUUAAAGAAUUGCUCCAGCCUUAUUAGAGUUAGGCUUCAAAAAAAUCAAUUAACUGGAAAUAUAACAGAUGGUUUUGGUGUUUAUCCACAUUUGGACUACAUGGAAUUGAGUGAAAAUAAUUUGUAUGGCCAUCUAUCACCAAAUUGGGGAAAGUGCAAGAGUCUCACAAGCCUUAAAAUCUCCAAUAACAAUUUAACAGGAAAUAUACCACAAGAAUUGGCUGAGACAAUUAAUUUACAUGAACUUAACUUGUCAUCAAACCAUCUUACUGGAAAAAUUCCAAAGGAUCUAGGAAACUUGUCUUUGUUGAUCAAACUCUCGAUAAGUAACAAUCAUCUUUCUGGAGAGGUUCCUAUACAAAUUGCAUCAUUGCAAGCACUAACUACCUUGGAGCUUGCAACAAAUAAUUUAAGUGGCUUCAUCCCUAGAAGACUUGGAAGGUUGUCUGAGUUAAUACAUUUGAAUUUGAGCCAAAAUAAGUUUGAAGGAAACAUUCCCGUUGAGUUUGGCCGAUUAAAUGUUAUUGAAGAUCUUGAUCUCAGUGGAAAUUUUAUGAAUGGAACGAUACCUUCAAUGUUUGGAGUGUUAAAUCAUUUAGAAACAUUGAAUCUCUCACAUAAUAAUCUGUCUGGUACGAUCCCCUUUAGCUCUGGUGAUAUGUUAAGCUUGACAAUUAUUGAUAUAUCAUACAACCAAUUGGAGGGUCCGAUUCCAAGCAUUCCAGCCUUCCAACAAGCUCCAAUUGAAGCACUGAGAAACAACAAAGACUUGUGUGGUAAUGCAUCUAGCCUAAAGCCUUGUCCAACAUCCAAUAGGAACCAUAAUACUCAUAAGACUAACAAAAAAUUGGUGGUAAUUUUACCCAUCACUCUAGGCAUUUUUUUGUUAGCAUUAUUUGGUUAUGGGAUCUCCUAUUAUCUAUUUCGAACUUCGAACACAAAAGAAUCCAAGGUUGCAGAAGAAUCACACACUGAAAAUCUAUUUUCAAUAUGGAGUUUUGAUGGAAAAAUGGUGUAUGAAAAUAUUGUAGAAGCCACAGAAGAGUUUGACAACAAACAUCUCAUCGGGGUUGGAGGACAUGGAAGUGUUUACAAAGCAGAGUUGCCUACAGGACAGGUUGUAGCUGUGAAGAAACUCCAUUCAUUACAAAAUGGAGAAAUGUCCAAUUUGAAAGCUUUUGCAAGUGAGAUAAAAGCUUUAACAGAAAGCCGACAUCGAAACAUUGUGAAGUUAUACGGGUAUUGUUCACAUCCAUUGCACUCAUUUUUGGUUUAUGAGUUCUUGGAGAAGGGCAGUCUGGAUAAGAUUUUGAAAGACGAUGAGCAAGCCACUAUGUUUGAUUGGAAUAAGAGGGUGAAAUCCAUUAAAGAUGUAGCUAAUGCUUUAUACUACAUGCAUCAUGAUCGCUCACCUGCAAUUGUUCAUCGCGAUAUAUCGAGUAAGAAUAUUGUUUUGGAUUUGGAAUAUGUGGCUCAUGUCUCGGAUUUCGGAACAGCUAAGUUUCUUAAUCCCGAUGCUUCCAAUUGGACCUCUAACUUUGUAGGCACGUUUGGAUACACUGCUCCAGAACUUGCAUAUACAAUGGAAGUAAAUGAGAAGUGUGAUGUGUAUAGUUUUGGAGUAUUAAGCCUGGAAAUACUUCUUGGAAAACAUCCUGGAGACAUUGUAUCUAAGUUAAUGCAAUCAAGUACUGCAGGCCAAACAAUUGAUGCUAUGUUUUUGACUGAUAUGUUGGAUCAACGCCUCCCUUUUCCUACAAAUGAUAUCAAGAAAGAGGUGGUAUCAAUUAUAAGGAUUGCAUUUCAUUGCUUAACUGAGAGCCCACAUAGUCGCCCUACAAUGGAGCAAGUUUGCAAGGAGAUUGCAAUAUCAAAGUCAUCUUAUCUUCCAGGGGUUAAUCAUGUACAUGAUAUGGAAAGGGGUGAUUUAUCUAAGGAAUAAAUUAUAGCUAAGUUUCAUUGUUUUCUUUGCUUUCACUCAGAUAUUUGGAGGUAGAUAAUGUA